CUGUCGAUAAACACUGUCCUUUGGCUGAAAAAUGUCCUUAUUAUGAUGCUAUUCGCUUUGGCAAGCAAUUACAUGAUUUUGAUUGGACCAAUACUAAUUGUCCGGCUGCUGGAAAAUGCACAUAUUUUGAAGAUAUAAAGAAGAGAGCUUUAGCUAACGGUGAUCACAGCGCUUUACCGCCAAAAAAGGGCGGAUGUCCCUACGCUGGAGGUUGUCCCCACGCUCAGAAUAAUCAUAAGCAUAAAGAAGGUGACAUCUCUAAAUGUCCUUAUUUGAGUAGUGGUACGAAGAAGUGUCCUUAUUUGAAGAAUGAAAGUGAAGAAGAGAAAAGCUCGAUAAAAAAUUGUCCUCACUUCCAAAAAUCUAAGAUCGAACGGGAAGAGCUAUAA